UAUUUCAAACAAUAUAAAUACUGGCCUACGAAACUGUUUCAGUAUCAAAUUCAAUUCAACGAUCUUCGCAAGAAGAACAAACAGCUAAGUUAAGCUAACCAACCUUUGUGUGUGAUAAUUCAAAACUCAUAUAAGUGAAUAUACAAAAUGAAGUGCUUCGCAACGAUAGCUCUACUCGCCUGUGUUUCGCUCGCCCGUGCCGAACCACCAGUGCCACAAAACCAAUACUUGCCUCCCAAUCAAGGUGGCCAACCUUCGAACCAAUACCUGCCACCCACCCAAUCGUACCAGUCGCCCUCCAACAACUAUCUGCCUCCCCAACGCGGCGGUGGUGCUGGCGUUGCGCCACCCAGCAGCAGCUAUGGUGCACCCGCUGCCGGUGCGCCCAGCUCUCAGUACGGCGCUCCAGCGUUGACCGGUGCCAUCUUCCCCAAACAACAAGGCGGUAGCGGUGGCGGCUAUGGCAGCGGCAGCGGCAAUGGCGGUUAUGGCGGCGAGGAACAAUACGGACCAGCUAAAUACGAAUUCAAAUACGACGUGCAAGACUACGAAUCCGGCAACGACUUCGGACACAUGGAACAGCGUGAUGGUGAUCUGGCUGUUGGCCGUUACUACGUGCUUUUGCCCGAUGGUCGCAAACAGAUCGUCGAUUACGAGGCUGAUGGUCAUGGCUACCGUCCAACCAUCCGUUACGAACAAGUCAAUAACGGUUUCAAUGGUAAUGGUGCCGCCGGUGGACGUGGCGGUCAGGGUGGCCAAUUUGCUGGCUACCAAUAAAGUGUCCAACGCCAUGGACGUGUGUCGUUUAAUGGGUAAAAGAGAUUAUUGCAAGAAGGUGAAGUGAAGUUAGGGAACGUGUGUGAAAAGAAAAAGAGAGGGAGAGAGUGAAAAUUUGUUUAUGUUGUAAAGUAUUUCCUGUAGCCGGCGCGACCUGUCGUCAUGCUUUUUUGUACAAUUUUGUUUUCUUUUUUUUUGUUGUUUUUAUAGUUUAUUUUUCUCACUUUUUAGUUUUUCAUUAAAUUUCUUGGAUAGUUUAGGUUAAACAGUUGAGUACAUAAGCUUCAUUUAAUCCAUAUGCGUGCGCCUAAAAACUUUUCGAAAGCGCUACACAAAAGCUUUCACUUUCAUCUCAUUACACCACCCGCCGUUCAAUAUUUGUGUGUGUCCAAAAAAAAUUCUUACCGAUAGCUCUUUCACAUGCCAAGAUGCUUGCACACGCUUACGCGUUAACAUUAGCUCACUUGUAUAUAAUUUUCGAAAGCUCUUGCUUUCUUUCUCACUCUUGCACCUACUUCCAAUCUUCUAUGCAGUUCCACAAGUCUAUGACAACUGAUCAAUCCAACGAUACCCGUCACUUGCCAUUUGUUUCCGCCAUCUAUAACAACAAAUCAAAGCAACAAAGAACAACAACGAGAAUCAACAAGAAAUGUAAACAACAACUGCAACAACGCUUUGUGGCGGAAUAUAUUUGUUGUAAAUUUUGUUAUUCGUGUUAAUGUAGCCGCUAUCUUUCCUUAGCCAAUAAGCACUUUCAUUCUUAGUAUACUUCAACUACAGCUUUUGAAAACUCACAACACAAAAGCAUACAAUUUGUAUAAAAUAUAUGCACAUACACAUACAUACAUUCAUCAUCUACCGACAUAUACAAUCGUAUAGCACAUGCAUCCCUUAACUUAGAAAAAAAUAAAAUAAAACAAAAAAAAUCACAUGUUGCGCCAACGAGAUUCAUAAUAUUUUUUGUUUUUUACAUAAUACUCAUUAAUUUUUUUAUAUUGUAAUUGUAAAAACCAUAAAAACGAAAAUGUAGAUGCAUCGCAAUUAUGUAAGAAAAUCAUAAAAAUAAUGGAAUAACGAGUAAGCCAGAUCAGA